AUGUCUGGGUUUGCUUCAUUAUUUGGCAAUGUUGAAAGCCAAAAUGACCUGUCUGUGGAAAAGUUGUUCCAAAACGCAGCCGAUGGGCCAAUUUCGAAGGAUCAAAUAAGCUAUAAACCUAGAACAAUUGUAAAUAUUCCUAAUCAAGGGAAGAGGAGAUUUCAACAAGUGUCAGAAAAUCAAGAUGAAACUAAAGAAGAGGGACAUUUGGAAGAGGGGGAGGAUAUUAAAGAGGAUGAUAUUGAAGAGGAAGACAAGUCUCUUGAUCAUCAUAAAUCUAAGAAAUCUAGAAAAAACCACGAAAAUGAUGAUUUAGAAGCAAAAUAUUUUGAAAAAGUGAUGAAAGAUGAUGAGGAUGAAGAAGCCACACCACUGAAAGAAGAAAAAGAAGAAGAAGAAGAGGAAGCAAAAGAGAUUUCUAAAACGGUGACAGAAGUUAACGAGAAACCCGUUUCCUCGUCUACUGCCGCCAGCGAGGCAGAAAAGGCAACUAGAACAAUCUUUGUAGGAAAUGUUCCAAGCCAGGUACUAAAAUCGAAACCAUUGUUUAAAGCAUUUAAAAAAAUAUUCAAAGAGUAUGGUAAAAUCGAGUCCGUUAGGUUUCGGUCGAUAUCGUUUGCCGAUAAUCUUCCAAAAAAAGUCUCCUUUGUCAAGAAAAACUUGCAUGAAUCAAGAGAUUCCGUUAACGCUUAUAUUGUAUAUGCUGAAGAAGAGCAUUCACUCGAAGCAUCAAAACAAGCAAAUGGUACAGUUUUUGAAAGCCACCAUUUAAGAGUCGACCAUGUGACCCAAUCGGCACCAAGGGACAACAAGAGGACAAUUUUUGUAGGGAACUUGGACUUUGAAGAACAAGAAGAGAAUUUGUGGAGAUACUUUAAUGAAAAAUUGGACAAUGACGUUAAGUCUGUAAGAAUUGUGCGCGACCCCAAAACCAAUUUGGGAAGGGGUUUUGCUUUGGUACAGUUUAAAGAUUCUUUAUCUGUGAAUAAAGCGUUGAUGUUGAACGAUAAACCAAUGGAUAUUAUGGUACCAGGAGACAAGAAAAAAACACCGCGCAAAUUACGUAUAACGAGAACAAAGAAUGAUAAAUCAAACGUUUCGAAAAUUGGUGAAAAACUUGGAAACAAGAAAAAUAAUGGUGCUCGUGUCAAGGGACACGGCUCAAACAUGCCCAUUGAAGGUGAAAGAGCUAGAAAAGGUGCUAAAAUCAAGGGUAUAAAGGGGUUAAAGACGGGGAAGGUGAAGAAACCUAGAAUAAGAGAACGGUCUACAAAAUUUAAGAAUGAGAGAAAUUCAAUGCAAAAGGAAGUUGAAGCUGGGAAAAAGUAG